AUGUCAACCUCAACCCUACGCAUUGCAUCAGCCUCUGGAUCCGUUACGGACCGGAGACACGGUUUGGCUGAACUGGCCAAGCAUGAAGACGUCCAAUUCAUUGUCGGGGACUGGAUGUCCGAAUACAACAUGACAACUCGAGGUGGAGCGAAGUCCACGGGAAACCUACUGUCCACCGAGUUUGAGCAUUCAUUUAUGGAGGCUAUUGUACCUGCAUUAGAAGACAUCGCCGCACGCAAAAUUCGGAUUGCUGUCAAUGCCGGUGCGAGUGACACCAAAAAAUUGUUGGACACCUUGACUCAAGUUAUCCAGUCGAAGAGGUUGGACCUGAAAGUUGCCUGGAUUGAAGGCGAUGAGGUGACGGACCUUUUCCAGCAGUCCUUCAAGUCAGGAAAUGGUUUCAAGAACCUCACUACUGGCCAACACCUCUUGGACUGGGAGUUCACACCAGUCUACGCCCAAGCCUAUCUGGGAGCUUGGGGCAUCACUGAGGCACUCAGACAAGGAGCUGACAUUGUGCUCUGUGGACGGGUGACUGAUGCCUCUCCUACAAUUGGCUGCGCUGCCUACUAUCACAACUGGAAGCGCGAAGACUAUGAUCGACUGGCCCAUGCUUUCGUAGCCGGUCACUUCUUAGAAUGCUCCACCUAUGUGACUGGAGGAAACUUCUCGGGCUUCAAGUCUCUCCCCGGGUCGUUACUUGAUGUUGCUUUCCCGAUCGUGGAAAUUCACGAGGGCGGCGAAUUUGUGGUUACUAUGCAGGAGGGCAAAGAUGGCAUGGUGACGGCCGAAACCUGCAAGGCGCAGUUGGUCUAUGAGAUCCAGGGCCCGCUGUACUACAGCCCUGACGUUGUUGCUGUACUCGACGAGAUUAUAAUGGAGAAUGAGGGCGCGAACAGAGUUCGUGUCUCGAAUGUGAAGAGCAUUAAGCCUCCACCAACUACCAAGAUUGGAAUCACCGCACACGGCGGCUUCCAAGCAGAGGUGCACUACUUCCUCUGUGGACUCGAUAUUGAGGAGAAGGCGGCCCUACUUGAGAGACAAGUUCGGCAUCUCCUAGACGAGUCGCAGUAUCAUACGCUGAAAUUCCGUGUCAACGGAUCCUGCCCCUCAGACCCAUCGAACCAGGAUGCGGCCACUGUUGACGUGCGUAUUUUCGCACAGGCUCGCUGCGAUACCGCGCUUUCCCAGGCCAAAUUCUUCCGGCCAUCUACCGACACGAUCAUGCAGAGUUACCCUGGGGCGACCUUCGCGGUAGAUGCACGUCAAGCUGCACCAAAGCCAUAUUACGAAUACUUUGUCUCUAUCUUCCCCCAGGGCCAGAUCCGCCAUAUCUGUCAUCUUCCCUUCAAGGGAAGAAGUGUAAACAUCGAUCCUCCGCAGGAUACCGUUCCAUUCCAGUAUGACCAGCCCUCGUACGAAACUAAGAGCCCUUAUAACCUUGAUGUGUUUGGCCCCACCACCCGAGCGCCGUUGGGUUACGUUGUCCAUGCUCGCUCGGGUGAUAAAGGGUCUGACUGCAAUGUUGGCUUUUUUGUCCGACACCAGGAUGAAUGGGACUGGCUACGGUCGCUGCUUACCGUCGAAAAAGUGCGAAAAUUGCUGGGCCGGGAUGAUUGGGGACAAGCCAUCUUUCGCUUCGAGCUGCCGCAUCUCUGGGCUGUGCACUUCCUUCUCAAGGACCACCUGGAUCGUGGAGUGUCCUCGAGCUCUACCUAUGAUGUGUUAGGGAAGAAUUUGGCCGAAUACCUGCGCUGUAAAUGGGUGGAUAUUCCAGAUAAGUUCCUCACUCGAGGCAGGAUUUAG